AUGGUGGCGAAGCUCGCCGUCCGCCCGGCAGAGCACUCGGAGCUCGGGCCCACCGACGACGCGCUUGCGUCGUCUGGCCACGGGGUGACGUCGUCGGUGCUCGUGGUCCAGCAGCACGACAUGAGCAACGCCGACGAGGUGCCGGUCUCCGUGGUGGUCGAUGGCCGUGCUCAGGACUCCGAGUUCGCCGAGGACAUGGCCAAGCCGUGA